CAUUUUAUUAAUCAAUAUAAGUUCCAAAUGUUCUUUUAGGUAUCUUACACAUAUCAGUACUACAAUAGUAUGAAACAUGUUAAUUGGGAUAUUUCCGAAUUGGUAUCUGUUUGCUUCUACUACCUUCACCAAGGCGUCAAAGGUUUUUUUUAACUUAUAAAUAACAAUAAAAAACUUUCAAUGAAUGAUUUGUAAAUAAAUAACUCAAAAGUAUACUCAAUGUUUCAGAAAGUAGGUGCUCCUUAAUUAAAGAAAGUAUUCUUAACAGAGUCAAGGCUGGACAAAAGUUUUACGGGUCCUAUGUUAAAAUUUAUUGUGAGCCCCUUCCUCAAAGCACACAAAUUCAUGAUUUCUAGAUUAUUUGGAACCCAUCUUUCAAAAUAGUAGUUUUUUUUAAUCUAGAUAUGAAGGACUUUUAUCAUUUUUCUUUUAAAAAUCUAGUUCAGCAGUUUUGAUUCAGCAUCUCAAGAUUGUCCCUGUUUUUCUUCCUUGAGUACAGCCUUGAAUCAUAUUAGCAUGGCAAUUUCAUUUAAUGUGUCCAAUUUAAGUCAAUAGUCUUCACCAAAUAUGUAAAAAAGAAAGCCAAGCAUAAGGUAAGACAAGAGUUUAUUUGUUGGAAAUGGCGGAUUGGAGUGCAGCGUGACACGGGAAUAUCUGGUGGAAGUAUUUGGUGCCCAUGGAGAGAUUAAAAGGAUAGUAAUGCUUCCAAGAAAAUCCUAUUCGUUUGUUGUGUUCAACACCAUUCAUCAAGCUUCAACUGCAAUCUCCCUUCUUAAUGGAUUGAAAUUGCCAUCCAACUCUACUUUUUACCUAGCAUUUGUGAAAGAUGAAGAUGUUCCAGAAGAGGUGUCUUUGAAAAAUGAUUGGCCUAAAGGAUUGGUGCUUCUGGAGGAGUUUAUUACCGAGGAGGAAGAAAAGGAAUUAUUGGCUGUGAUAAACAAAGAAGACGACUUCAAUGAUGAAUCUUCAUUAAAACAUAGGAAAGUCAAACAUUAUGGGUACAAAUUUAUUUAUGGUUCCAAUAACAUCAAUAAGAAUCAACCUUUAGAAAUGAAAAUCCCGGAUGUAUGCAUCCCUCACCUUAAAAAAUUGGUUUCUUUACAACUUCUACCCAGAAUACCAGAUCAGUUAACUGUAAAUCAUUACCAACCAGGACAAGGCAUUCCACCUCAUGUUGAUACUCAUUCUCCAUUUGAAGAUGGCAUAGUAUCUCUCAGUUUAUCUUCUCAGGUUGUCAUGAAUUUUUACUCUCCUCACGGUGAAAUUGUUUCCGUUUCUCUUCCUAGAAGAAGUGCCUUGGUUAUGCUAGGAGAAAGCCGUUACCUUUGGAAACACGGCAUCACUCCUAGAAAGCAGGACAUCAUUCGUUCUGAAUCGUCUGGACAUCUGACCCUCCUAGCUCGGUCUCUGCGGACUUCUCUAACUUUCAGGCUCACAAGAGAAGGAGAAUGCAACUGUGAAUAUAAAGAACAUUGUGAUUCAAAAAUAUCCACAUAACAAUUGGGAAACAAAGCUGCUGGAUAUAAAUGAAUGCAAGUGUGAAAUAGGAAGAGAAAUCAUUAUAUUGUCAUUUAUCAAUUUUAUUUAUUUUUACAGACUAUGUUACAUUAUUAACAGACUAUUUAUGUUACAAAGUAUUUAUUUGUAAACUCAUGUUUGUGAAAAUUGCAUCACCAUGAAGGACUUAUGCGAGUGAGCUGAAAUUUUCAGGAAAUGCAAAGUAGAGCAUAAUAUGUAAAUGAUUAGAAUUUCAGACCCGUAGCGCAUGCGUAUGCUGAGCAGCGCCCUCUGAACGGCGGAUGGAACCGAAUAAAUAGACGGCUGUAGCUAGGUGUGUAUGGUUAUCGGUGGUUAUCUGCUAGUGGUAAACGUUUACUUAGGCGUUACUUAUGCCUCUUCGACGAAAGAGAGCGAGAUUUCAACAACUUACAGAGUUUGAAAGGGGGAGAAUCAAUCGCCUUUGUGAAGCUGGAUUGUCUCAUCGUGCAGUAGCUGCUCGUGUGCAGUGUAACAGCAGCACAGUGAUGCGUGUUUGGAAGCAGUGAACGGACGAGUGUCAGACAACUCGGAAAUCCGGGAGUGGACCCCGAAAUGUCACGUCAGCUCGCGAUGAUAGACACUUGGUCCAUAUGGCGCUGACGCACCGUACGGCUCCCUCUAGACAACUGGCAGCACAGUGGUUCAUAGCUACAGGUGUUUCAU